AUGGAGGAGGAAGAGGAGGCCAUAGGGUACCUGGAUAAAGUGCUGGAGGAUGAAGAUGACUCUGAGCCAGGAACCCCCACCAGCCCCGGGUCUCCGUUCUCGGCCGGCGAGAAGGGCGAGCGAGAUGCUGGCAAAGGCCUGGAGAUGCGGAAGCUGGUGCUCUCCGGUUUCCUGGCCAGCGAGGAGAUCUACAUCAACCAGCUGGAGGCCCUCUUGUUGCCUAUGAAGCCACUGAAGGCCACGGCCACUACGUCGCAGCCUGUCCUCACCCUCCAGCAGAUCGAGACGAUUUUCUACAAGAUCCAGGACAUCUACGAGAUCCACAAGGAGUUCUACGACAGCCUGUGCCCAAAGGUGCAGCAGUGGGACAGCAACGUCACCAUGGGCCACCUCUUCCAGAAGCUGGCCAGCCAACUGGGGGUCUACAAGGCCUUUGUGGAUAACUACAAAAUCGCACUGGAGACGGCAGAGAAGUGCAGCCAGAGCAACUACCAGUUCCAGAAGAUCUCGGAGGAGCUGAAGGUGAAGGGCCCCAAGGACUCGAAGGAGAGCCACACGUCCGUCACCAUGGAGGCGCUGCUGUACAAACCCAUUGACCGGGUGACACGGAGCACCCUCGUCCUGCACGACCUCCUCAAGCACACCCCGGCUGACCACCCCGACUACCCGCUGCUCCAGGACGCCCUCCGCAUCUCCCAGAACUUCCUCUCCAGCAUCAAUGAGGACAUCGAUCCCCGGAGGACAGCGGUCACCACCCCCAAGGGGGAGACCCGGCAGCUUGUCAAGGAUGGCUUCUUGGUGGAGCUGUCGGAGGGCUCGCGGAAGCUGCGGCACGUCUUCCUCUUCACCGACGUGCUGCUCUGUGCCAAGCUGAAGAAGACGGCCGUGGGGAAGCACCAGCAGUACGACUGCAAGUGGUACGUGCCCCUGGCCGACCUGGUGUUCCCCUCACCGGAGGAGUCGGAGCACUGCCCGCAGGUCCACGUCAUCCCUGACCACGAACUGGAGGACAUGAAGAUGAAGAUCUCGGCCAUCAAGAGCGAGGUGCAGAAGGAGAAAGCCAACAAGGGGCAGAGCCGGGCCAUCGAGCGCCUCAAGAAGAAGAUGUUUGAGAACGAAUUCUGGCUGCUCCUCAACUCACCCGCCAUCCCUUUCCGCAUCCACAACCGCAACGGCAAGAGCUACCUCUUCCUGCUGUCAUCCGACUACGAGAGGUCCGAGUGGAGGGAGGCCAUUCAGAAACUGCAGAAAAAGGACCUCCAGGCCUUUGUCCUGAGCUCGGUGGAGCUGCAGGUGCUCACGGGAUCCUGCUUCAAGCUACGCACCGUCCACAACAUCCCGGUCACCAGCAAUAAGGAUGAUGACGAGUCCCCCGGGCUCUACGGGUUCCUGCACGUCAUCGUCCACUCCGCCAAGGGCUUCAAGCAGUCUGCCAAUCUGUACUGCACGCUGGAGGUGGACUCCUUCGGCUACUUUGUCAGCAAAGCCAAGACCAGGGUUUUCCGGGACACCACCGAGCCACAGUGGAAUGAGGAGUUUGAGAUCGAACUGGAGGGCUCCCAGUCCCUGCGCAUCCUCUGCUACGAGAAGUGCUACGAUAAGACCAAGCUCAACAAGGACAACAAUGAAAUUGUGGACAAGAUUAUGGGCAAGGGGCAGAUCCAGCUGGACCCGCAGGCCGUGCAGACGAAGAACUGGCAUAUGGAUGUGAUUGAGAUGAACGGGAUCAAGGUGGAGUUCUCCAUGAAGUUCACAAGCAGAGACAUGAGCCUGAAGAGGACCCCAUCCAAAAAGCAGACCGGCGUCUUUGGGGUCAAAAUCAGCGUCGUGACAAAGCGCGAGCGCUCCAAGGUGCCUUACAUCGUGCGCCAGUGCAUCGAGGAGGUGGAGAAGAGGGGCAUCGAAGAGGUCGGCAUCUACAGGAUCUCUGGCGUUGCCACUGACAUCCAGGCGUUGAAAGCCGUCUUCGAUGCAAAUAACAAGGACAUCCUGGUCAUGCUGAGUGACAUGGACAUCAACGCCAUCGCCGGCACGCUGAAGCUGUACUUCCGUGAGCUGCCUGAGCCCCUCCUCACUGACAGACUCUACCCCGCCUUCAUGGAGGGGAUCGCCCUCUCGGAUCCUGCUGCCAAGGAGAACUGCAUGAUGCACCUUCUCCGCUCACUGCCUGACCCCAACCUCAUCACCUUCCUCUUCCUGCUGGAGCACUUGAAAAGGGUAGCUGAAAAGGAGCCUAUCAACAAAAUGUCUCUCCACAACCUGGCCACGGUCUUCGGGCCAACACUGCUGAGACCCUCGGAGGGGGAGAGCAAGGCACAUCUCACCCUGGCCUCCGACAUCUGGUCCCACGACGUGAUGGCCCAGGUCCAGGUCCUUCUCUACUACCUGCAGCAUCCUCCCAUCUCCUUCACUGAGCUGAAACGCAACACACUUUACUUCUCCACGGACGUGUAGCCUGCAGGGAGAAGGCACCAGCUGCAAACACUCCCAGCUCCCUGCUGGGGGACACGGACUGGAUCACAGCCCCCCAGGGAGACCGGCCCGGACCCAGGACGGUGCCGCCUGCAGCUCCUGUACAAUCGCGUACCAGUGGCCCGGUCCUACCCCAGGCGCCGUGCCUCUCUGUAAAGUAGUCGUGUCUUAUGUC